CAUUGGUAGUAGCAGUGGCGGUGGUAGUGGUAGUGCUGGUGGUGGUGGUAGCAGAGGAGGCAAUCUAUUACAAUGAGUGUUGCAAUGCAGGACGCACGACACAGACUCGACUCUUAACCUUCAUUCCUUUCUUUUCUUCUCUGCACAGGCGGCUUUGCAUUGCGCAUGAGGAGGUUCGAGGUGCCGCUACACGUGCCCCGGGGGGAGAGCACGACCCUACGCUGCGAAUUCGACCUGCAGGGGGAGCGUCUGUACUCCGUCAAGUGGUACAAGGGCGGGAGGGAGUUCUUCCGCCACGUCCCCAACGAGCAGCCCAAGAAACAAGUCUACGAGGUCACAGGCGUCAACGUGGAUAUGGAGGAGAGCACAGGCCAGGUGGUGAAGCUGCGAGAGGUGGAACUGGCUACUUCAGGAAGGUACAAGUGUGAAGUUUUAGCAGAGGCACCGGCCUUCAAUACUCUGGUGGAGCACGCCAUUCUUACUGUUGUGGAAAUUCCGCAAGAGAAGCCCAUCGUGCAGGGGGCCAGGGAACGCUACCACCCAGGCGACAUCGUGAGGAUCAACUGCACCUCAGCCCCUUCCAAGCCCGCGGCCACCCUCACCUGGUACAUCAACGACAGGGUGGCGCCCGAGCAGUACUUGAUGCGUUAUCUGCCCUACAUGGACCACGAGGGGCUGGAAACGACCACUCUGGGUCUUCAUUUCCACGCUACACAUGAUCACUUUCCCCGAAACGUGAUGUCCCUCCGCUGCACAGCCUCCAUCGGCUUCUUCUACAACAAGACAGAGGAAACCGCCUUGGAGACCCACCGACCCGCCCUCUCCCUGCAAAGUCGCGAACACUUUUACGACAGUCUGGGCGCCCCACGCACCGUCUCUUCCCUAGGACUGACUUUGCUCCUCCUGUGCGUACUACACGCCCUCAGAUAAACGCUGUUGACGCAUCAGUGGAGGAGGGAUCAGAUGUCCUCGUCACCACCACUCCAGCAUCGAAAUCUCUACAACCCGCCUUAGGUCACGGAGUCCUGGGUAGUGCUUUAGGAGAUGUCACGUGUUUGCUGGAAGACUGCGACGUCCUCUCUGACGCGGAAGACACCAAAGCGAAAACCAAAGAACUUCUCUCACCUCCUCUCCAAAGUGAAGCCGUUUUCAUAAACAGUAUAAUAAGAAACACGAGCAGCAGCAGCGGCAGCAGCCGGAGCGGCAGCAAAAGCAAACACAACAGCAGUAACAAUUGCUGACACGACAAUAACAACAACAAAGCAGUAAAACAGAUGGCAGAAGUAUAACCAUCACAAGCAAACCCCGAACCGAGAAUAAUGUAAUGAUAAAUAGACUGCACAGACUCAUAACAGACCACGUGGCGAUGAGCCUGAAGCCCAUCAGUGUUGUGUUAUACUGAAGGAAGUGUUAGAUUGUGUGUCGUUUCCUCCUUUCCCCUUCCCCUGCCCCCUUUCCACCCACAGCUAUCGGUCCCUGACUCAGCCCUUCCCUGAGCAUCCCUUCCGCCCCUCCUCCCAAAUCACUGUGUCUGGCCAAUAUCACUGUGAAAGACGCAGUUCUGAGUUUGUGUUUCCAAAAGCCUUCGCGAUCCUCAGCGAGUAACAGCUGGGGCGUGGCGGGGCCUGAGGAGUCCGUCACAGCCUACGUAUAUCAUGAUGAAGUGUUAUAAAGGCUAGCGAGCGUCGUCCAGAGACUUCGGUGACGGCGUGUGGGAGUUCCUCUCGCGGACAACUGGAGUCCGCGUACCGGCAGCGUGCAGGAGUGUGCCGGGACCCCAUGUAGCUCAUCUUUGUGAUCUUGUGACCCCUCCCGGUGUGUGUGUGUGUGUGUGUGUGUGUGUGUGUGUGUGUGUGUGUGUGUGUGUGUGCGUGCGUGUUUCAAGGUGUGCUGAAGAAACGAAACACUUGGUAUGUGCUUCAAAUUAUGUGUAUCUCGAUGAUUCUUAAACUGGAAAAAAAUAACUAAGACAAUACUGCCGAGACGACAAUAAUUUCACGAUAAAAACAAGCUCAGCUGGAGAAGCGGGAGACAGUGAUAACGACGACGAAGAGAAAGGCUGGUGUGUUGUGCUUAGUUUUUUUUAGUUAUAAGCCAUAAAAAAGACAGUACCUAUUACACAUCGCCUCCAGGGAAAUAUGAAGACUAUACUGGCGUGACAUUGAAACUUUGCCACGUGUGUACAUAAACUCAGGUGCGGAGUGCUGAAGUUGUGCUAAAGUGCGUUUGUGCAUCCCUGGACACCCUAUUCUGUACAGUGUGUGUGUGUGUGUAUGUGUGUGUGUGUGUGUGUGUGUGUGUGAAAGAGUGUGAGCGUGUGCCGUUUACUCGUGUGAUACGUAGCAUUAUCCUUAUACAUAAAACUUGGAUAUGUUAAACUUUAUAUAUAUAUGUGUAUAUAGGGACGUGUCGCAAUACAGUAUAUCACACAGACAGAGGGUCUAGCUGUGCCAGAAGUCCCCCCACAGGACUGGUGCUGCUACUGCCACUACUGCAUUGUGCUGGGGGCGCGGGAUGGGGAGGCAGAGGAAGGGACAAGGAAGAGGAGGAGGAAGGGUAGAGGGAGCAAGGACCCCUCCACUGACCCCUCGCUCCGUUGGGUUGCGAGUCGUAACGAAUUAUUUUUUUGCCUAAACAAACGCAGAUCUGAUCGCUCGGAAUGCUCGUUCGCCAGGAAUUUAAUCAAUCAGACUCGCUUUGGCAACCCCCCGAGAGUGAAAAUACAAUAAAUGUUUGUGUCGCCUGAACACGGAGCUCUCUGUUCAAGCUGUCCACGGAAGCUCCCUAAGAUUCCUUUCUGUAGGGAGUUUGGCAAGGGGCGGAUGGAGUACCUACCGCGCUCAUGGCUCCGCUUUCAUCCCCGCGUCCCUUCUAUUUCGCCUCCAUCCCUACUUCCCUAUUCCCCUCUCCCUCUCUCUCCCUCUUUUGUUCUCUGUCCUUCAGUGUAACUCCUUCCCUUCUUCCUUCCUUCAUUCCUUCCUUCCUUUCUUCAUGCUUCGUCUCAUCCUCUCCCUCUCCUUUCAUUUGUCUUGUCUUCCUGCUGUCCUUCAUCUCCCUUCUUCAAUUUCUUUAACUUUCUCUUUUUUCUUUACUCUCCCUCCUUCAUCCUUUAUCAUCCUUCCCUUCCUUAUUACCUCCUCUCUCUCUCUCUCUCUCUCUCUCUCUCUCUCUCUCUCUCUCUCUCUCUCUCUCUCUCUCUCUCUCUCUCUCUCUACAGUUCCUUCCCUUGUAGGUUACACAGCCACAGUUUAAAGUCCUCAGUCAUUCCAACACAAAAAUAAAAUAAACAUAAAUAAACCAUGAUCUCCCUAAACAUAAAGCAAAUGAUAAGAUAAACACUUAGAGGGCAUUACAAUUGAUACAUGUUAGUGAUUCGUACACAAUCCAUGAUAU